UGACCUUUCUGGUUUUGUUCUUUUUGCGAUAGAAAUGCUUGUCACCUACUCAUUUCUGGUGACCUAUUAAGUUUCGUACUCUCUCUUUCUCUUCUUCACAAAAACCAAACACCAAGAGAGGAAGAGAGAGGAAGAAGAGAAAACAGAGCAAAAACAGAGAUCUCCUUCAUCCUCCUCCAUGGAAAAGCAUAGAAUCUGCAAGAUCUGCAACAAGAGAUUCGCCAAUGGAAAAGCCAUGGGUGGUCACAUGAGAUCUCAUCUGGCCAAGCUUCCUCUCCCUGCAAAGCCGCAGUCGCCGCAGCAGCAACAACAACUCAGCAACUCGCCCGAGUCAUCUCCUCCACUUUCAUCAACAAACAGGGCCAUGCAUUCUUCUCCAUCUCUGGAUUCAGCCAUCCAUGACGGCGAUAGCGACACCGAGUCACACCCGAGGAACCCAACUCGGAGAAGAUCCAAACGGCGCCGUAAAGUGAUUGGGAAAGCGGCUGAGGCGGCCCUUGAGGCAGAGCAGGUGAGUUCUGUUUCUGAUGCUUUUUCAACUGAAGAUGUUGCCAGGUGUCUCAUAAUGCUUUCAAUGGAUAAAUGGGGAAAAUGGGAAAAAGCUAAACUAAAAAAACAAGUAGAUGAAUCUGUAGAUGAGGAUGAGGACGAGGACGAGGACGAGUCGGCUUUUCAGGCUCAAACCGGAGCCCUGACUCAGGGAAAGUACAAGUGUGAGACUUGUAACAAAGCGUUUCGAUCUUAUCAGGCACUUGGAGGCCACAGAGCAAGUCACAAGAAAAUAAUCAAGACCCAAGUGUUCGAUGUUGAAGAUGAUGAUGAUGAUGAUUUUGAAGAAGAAGAAGAAGAAGAUGAUGAUGUCAUUGGUAACAAUGGCAAUAGUGGUAAUUUGGUUGUUGAUCAGCAGAGAACAUUUGAGUGUUCAUUUUGUUUCAAACAGUUUGAUUCUGGUCAAGCACUUGGUGGGCACAAGAAAGUUCACUAUUACAACAAUUUGACUCACAAUGCUAGGAAUGUGUCAUCAUCUUCUACUAAUUUUGUAGACAAUUUGGUGAUAGAUCUCAAUCUCCCAGCACCAGAGGAGGAAGAUGGAGAGCUUAGCCAGCUUGAGUUUUCAACAGUUUCUGAUUGAUGAACUAGAAAUUAGGGGUAAAAGUUUUCAUUUCAAACAUGGUUUUUUUUGUAGAUACAGAUGAACUAAAAAUUUCUCAUUUCCCAUCUGAGAAUGGUAUACAGUGAAUUUUCUG